AUGCAGCUUCUGCAAAUUUCAGUGUCAAGCUUCAAAUCACAGCGAAUCCAUCGCACAGGACUAUACUUCCGCUUCUUCCCAGUUCAUCAAUGGUUUAAAGAAGGAUCCUCACCUACCCAAGAAGUCAAUCUCCAAUCAACUCGAGUCCCUUUAGAAAACGCAGGUCCAGUUGAUGAAUGUGUUGCAAAAGUGACAGGAUUUUCCUGGAUAUUAGAAAGCAUAACAGUUUGGAUAUCCUUGAUUUCCGUAGAUAACAUCUGCCAACAAAGAUUAAGCGCAAGAAGAUGUACCAACACCAAACCCAUGUUCUUUCGCUCCUUGAUGAUCACAGGAUUCGAAUUGAAUUGGUCGCCGGUUUUGUACUGA